AUGACGUCCUACCUUGAGUUGGCCAAGCGGCUCUGCAAAGAGUUUGAUGAGUUCCAUAUCGCUCAAGUCCCACGAACUAAAAACAUCCAGGCAGACGCACUAGCUAACCUCAGAGCAACUACAAAUAAGAAACAAAGUAAGGUAAUCCUGAUAGUUUAUUUGCAAUGGCCAGCAGUUCGAAAAUCCGACGAGAACAAUAGUAUUCAUUCAUUGGAGGAACAAUCCUGGAUGAUACCGAUCAUCAGGUACCUCCAAAAUGAUGAGUUGCCACCAGACAGAAAUGAAGCUCGACAAACUAAGGCAAAGGCUGCGAGAUUUUGCUUUAUAGACGGUAAGUUGUAUAGAAGAUCAUUCUCUAGACCCUAUCCCCGAUGCAUCAGUAAUACAGAGAUCGAAUAUGUCUUGGCUGAACUUCAUGAAGGGGAGUUUGGUAAUCACUCGAGAGCCCGGAGCCUGGCGCAUCGUGCACUUACUGCUGGAUGCCAACGAUUCGCCAAUGUCUCCCACCUUCCACCAGAACGGCUCAACCCUGUUCUUUCAACUUGGCAGUUCAUGAAAUGGGGGAUGGACAUUAUUGGAAAACUCCCCGUUGCUCUAAGACAACGAGUUUUCGUGCUGGCAGUCACGGACUAUUUCACGAAAUGGAUUGAAGUCGAGGCACUCUCAAAGCUAAACUUCUCCACUCCGCGAUAUCCCCAAGCCAACAGUCAGGCCGAAUCUUCCAAUAAGACUGUCAUGAACACAUUAAAGAAAAGACUAUCUGAGGCUAAAGGAAAAUGGGCAGAUGAGUUGCCUGGUGUCCUUGGUCCUAUUGCACCACCGGUCGAACACCCACUGGUGAACGCCCUUCUCGUUGGCUUACGGCAUGGAAGCGGUCAUACUAGUAAAAAUAGGCACUCCAACAUUUCGGUGACAACUAGACCUUUCAAAGAAUGCGAGUGGGUGUUGCCAAUAGUAUUUCAAAACACUAAGGAAGCUAGUGCCGGAAAGCUUGUAGCGAAUUGGGAAGGACCGUACCUGAUUACUAAGGUUGUUGGGCAAGGAGCCUAUAAGCUACGCGCCCAAGAUGGUAGAGAUAUCACCAACAGCUGGAAUGCCAUCCACCUCCGCAAAUAUUAUUUUUGA